UAAAGUUUGGGUGUCUGGAGGGGUGGAUGGAGGCGGUGCUCCUGCAGGCAGCAGGCAGCCGGCAGGGCUGGGCAGCAGCAGCAGCAGCAGCAGAGACGCUGCGGAGCGGCACAGAAAGAUCCGGCAAGGAGGGGACACAGACAAGGAGGAGGGGACAGAGAAGACCAGCACAGCUUUGACACAAUACCGAGCAAGUACCGUCGUGACAGCGUCUGUCAACAGCACGGACACAACCGAGCGGAGCUGCAUUUCUAUGUGCUUGUAGAAACAGCCCGUCGUCACCAUGACAACGGAAGAAACCAUAAAUGUGAAGGAGGUGGAGAUCAUCAAGGCGAUCCUGGACUUUCUCCACUCCAGGAAGUUGCACAUCAGCAUGCUGGCACUGGAGAAGGAGAGCGGCGUCAUCAACGGGCUCUACUCGGACGACAUGCUCUUCCUCAGGCAACUGGUGCUCGAUGGCCAGUGGGAUGAGGUCUUGCAGUUCAUUCAGCCUCUGGAGUGCAUGGAUAAGUUUGACAGAAAAAGGUUUCGUUACAUCAUCCUCAAGCAGAAGUUUCUGGAAGCUCUGUGUGUGAAUAACGCCAUGUCUGCAGAAGAUGAACCACAGCAUUUGGAGUUCACCAUGCAGGAAGCAGUCAAGUGUCUCCAUGCCCUGGAGGAGUUCUGUCCUUCGAAAGACGACUACAGCAAACUGUGUCUGCUCCUCACGCUGCCUCGCCUCACAAACCAUGCCGAGUUCAAGGAUUGGAACCCGAGCACGGCCAGGGUGCAGUGUUUUGAGGAGGCCUGCACCAUGGUAGCGGAGUUCAUCCCUGCAGACAGGAAGCUGAGUGAGGCUGGAUUCAAGGCCAGCAGGGAUCGACUCUUUCAGCUGCUCCUCAAGGGAGUCCUCUAUGAGUGCUGUGUGGAGUUCUGCCAGAGCAAGGCAACAGGUGAAGAGAUUACAGAGAGUGAGGUUCUCCUGGGUGUCGACAUGCUGUGCGGUAACGGCUGUGAUGACCUGGAUCUCUCCCUGCUCUCGUGGAUGCAGAACCUCUCCCACAGUGUCUUCUCCUGCGCCUUCGAACAGAAGCAACUCAACAUCCACGUGGACCGUUUGGUUAAGCCCGCAAAGACCGGCUAUGCUGACCUCCUCACCCCACUCAUCAGCAAACUGUCUCCAUACCCCUCCUCUCCACUGCGGCGCCCCCAGUCGGCUGAUACCUACAUGUCACGCUCCUUGAACCCGGCAUUGGACGGGUUGUCUUAUGGGCUGUCUGGCCAGGAUAAGAGAGCGAGUGGUGGGGAGGUACCGCAGGGCAAAGGGGUCUCACCCAUGUCCCACUCGUUUGCCAACUUCCACUAUCCCGGAACAGGAGGGCAGAGUCUGAGCAGGAGUCUCAUGAUGGAGAGCUCUGACUGCCACAGCAUCUUUGAGGAAUCCCCUGAAACGUCGAGGACAGAGACGCCUGUGGAUAAGAUGAUGAGUUCAGGUGGAGCUCAGAACCUGCGUCCUGCCUCAGCUCCAGGCGAGGAUGCACCAACACCUGGCUCCACUGAGAGGAAUGAGCUUCGGGACUCAACGGAGAAGUAUGAAGAAUACUACCGGCAGCGUCUUCGUGUGCAGCAGCACCUGGAGCAGAAGCAGCAGCAGAGGCAAAUGUACCAGCAGAUGUUGCUGGAGGGAGGUGUCCAGCAGGAGCCUCCGCCCAGCGACAUGCAGCACAGCCUCACAGAGAAGUUCCUCAACAGGUCCAUCCAGAAGCUGGAAGAGCUCAAUGUGGGGAUGGACAAUUUAGGAGAGGAGGUGAAGUCUCUGGCUCAGCAGUGUAAUGGCAAUGGCAACCCGCCCGCCUCAGAGGACAAUAACAACCCUCCGGCUGUGACUCCAGAGCAUACCAGGACCCGAGGGGGAGGGGUGCUCAGCAGCACCCCACAACACACUGUGGGGGGCCGCACGGUCCCGCCUCCAGAUGAGUCCCCUGUCGCCACCGAGAGGGAAGAGAAACACAAAGAAGAUCAGCAAGACUCUCCAGGAUCUUUGUCCCGAAGUAAAGAGGGUGAAAAAGAAAAAAGCCUGUUUGUGCCGGUUCAUACUCUGGAAGAUACUCAAGCUGUCAGAGCUGUUGCCUUUCACCCGUCUGGAGCUCUCUACGCCGUGGGAUCCAACUCCAAAACACUACGCGUCUGUGCUUAUCCUGAAACUUUAGACCCAAGUAGUUCGGGCCCAAUCAAGCAGCCGGUCGUCCGUUUCAAGAGGAACAAACACCACAAAGGAUCCAUCUACUGUGUGGCCUGGAGUCACUGUGGGCAGCUGCUGGCUACUGGCUCCAACGAUAAAUAUGUCAAAGUCCUACCUUUCAGUGCAGAGACAUGCAACGCCACAGGUCCAGACCUGGAGUUCAGCAUGCAUGAUGGCACCAUCAGAGACUUAGCUUUCAUGGAGGGUCCAGAAAGUGGAGGAGCCAUCUUGAUCAGUGCCGGAGCCGGUGACUGUAACAUCUACACCACGGACUGUCAGAGAGGACAGGGUCUGCACGCCCUCAGUGGACACACAGGUCACAUUCUGUCUCUGUAUACAUGGGGAGGCUGGAUGAUUGCUUCUGGCUCUCAAGACAAGACGGUGCGUUUCUGGGACCUGAGGGUGCCCAGCUGUGUCAGAGUAGUGGGAACUGCUUUCCAUGGCUCAGGCAGUCCUGUUGCCUCAGUAGCAGUGGAUCCUAGUGGCCGCCUCCUAGCAACGGGACAAGAAGACAGUGCGUGCAUGCUGUAUGACAUAAGAGGAGGACGAAUCGUCCAGGUGUACCGGCCGCACAGCAGCGAUGUGCGGUCGGUUAGGUUCUCCCCUGGAGCACACUACCUGCUCACUGGCUCCUACGACACAAAGGUCAUGGUCACCAACCUCCAAGGUGACUUGACAAAGCAGCUGCCUCUGACCGUGGUGGGAGAGCACGGCGACAAGGUGAUUCAGUGUCGAUGGCACACGCAGGACCUGUCCUUCCUCUCAUCUUCUGCUGACCGCACUGUCACACUCUGGACACACAAUCCAUAGCGCACACACACGCAAACAAUUAGCCGCUAUAAUCUGAAAGACACAUUCCCCUGAAACAACACUGCUCCUCCCUCACUAUCAACAGCUCUCACGCCCUUUCGACACACUUGACACUAGACACACACACAAACAGGUGAAUGAGCCUUUCACUCCUGUCUUGUAGAAAACCAAAUGGAUACAAACCUGUGGGUGGCACAUCAAAAGCACAGAUGUUGCAUGUUCUCCUUUUUUCGUUGUAUCUCUCAUGUUUCGUUCAUUGCACCGGUUGUUGACGUUCUGGGCGGGAUCAUUUAAUUUUCUCACUUUUUCUCACUUCACCCCCCCUCAUAUGGCCUCAUCCUAAACCCUUACACUCACACACCAGUCAUUUGCUGCAUGUCGUCAUCACUGAGGAGUUGUUGAGGUUAGACAGGACAGAGUGCUUUGUUCAUGACGGUGCCUUCCUUGAGUUCUGAGUUUUCCAUAACAAAAAUGUAGAAAAGAAAAAAAAAAGAUAAUAUGGUCAUUUUUCAAGAUCAGAUUUUAUUAAGUUAUUUUGAGAAGUCCUACAUUCCUUCUUUUUUUGCAUAUCAUUUUUUUUUUACAGCUAGUGUUACGCUGCUAUUGUUUGGGGGAAAACAAAGAGUUGACUUUAUGGUGUAAAAUGUAAAAA